ACAUACAGUACACACAAUUGGGCGUUAGACCAUGCUAACUGCAUCUAACAGUGCAGAGGUGGAGGGAGGGAGCUGUCUAAAUGUGAGACGGGCGCCGAAGGAAUCACAGAAUUGCAGGGUGAUGCAUUCGGCUAUUUCCCCAUGGGAGGAGCUGCACCGAUGUUGCUAGCACUGGCCGGAAUAUCAGUAACCAGCGCUUAUCGAAGAAUCAGCAGCGAUCAGUUUGACGAAGUGGUGCAGAAUCGUCCUGGGGGCACAGUCCAGCUGCCCACCGAGACGGGUUGAGGCAUGCAAUCACAUUAGAGAAGGAAGGAUCUGGAAACCUCCCUACAUUUUGUCUCUCUCUCUCUCUUCCCUCUGAAAGUUUCAGUAGAAAUCCGUACCCACCGCUCUUGGUGGAGAAACAAGAGAUAGGAAUCUGACAGUGUGGAGCCUGACCAUGGGGACAGGGAGCCUGGUGUUAUUCCUGCUGCUGGCUGGGCUGGUGCGAGGGGAAGUAGUCCAGGAUUUUGACAAGUGCAGCUGGUUCUUCCAGGGUGGGAUCCCUCCUCGCGGAUUCGAGAGUCAAAACUGGAUCAAAAUCUGCCAGCGGUAUAAGAAUCAUUAUCACUAUGCCACUCUGUACAACAGCGGGCUGCGGGUCCCAGUCUACUCCGCCUACAGAUACCCCUGCACUAUGGGCCAGAGUGCAGGCUACAGACCCAAACCCUGGUUUUACGAACCGCAGAUCGACGAUCCUGCUGAGGCAAGUGAAAUGAAGAGUUGCACUGUGCCUUCCAGUGCCUUUCAGGCAGUUGAGUCAGAUUACAAGAACGAAAAAUAUGAGCGAGGCCAUCUGUACCCGUUCAAGCUGAAUGAUAAGGAGAGUGCCACAAGUACCUGUACCCUCACUAACGCGGUACCUGAAAGUCACAGAGCCAAUGUCAGGUGGUUUCACCAGGUGGAAUCCUUGGUCCAGAAGCUGGCACAGAAAUGCCACCAGUCCAAACAGACAAUGUAUGUGGUUACAGGUGCUGCCAAGCCCACACAAAUGAAAAUGAACAACAGAGUGUCGGUGCCUGGUCUGGUCUGGACAGCUCUUUGCUGCACCUUUCCACAGGAUCCGAAUAACGAUCCUUGUCCAAGUCGCAAUGUGGUUUCAGAGGAAACGGACACACCGACAUACAAUAAAGACUUUUCUUUUGCAUUCAUGAAAAACAUGGAACCAGAAGCAGAUGCAGAGCACCUGACAGUGAGGGAGGUACAGGAAAGACUGGGAGUAGGCAAGAUUUUUGACACCUGCAGGGGAACAACCAAAGACGAUGAAGCAGAGACCUUCAAAGAGGUGGAAGCAUUGGUGUCCAAAUUGGCAACUAUUACAGACGAUCAGGAAGACAAUUCUCUCCCGAUACCAGCAGAAGAGAACCCAACAGCUGAUAGUGAUGAUUUGGCAACACAGCAAACUGAUGCACCGUUGGAACCAGCCAGCAAAGAGGUUGAUAAAGUCUGCCAGUCCACCAUCACUAAUGCCUUGGCUCCAAUUGGAAGAAUGAUCACCUUGGUCACCAACGGGAUAUCAGCCUUUGCCAGACUCAUCACAACUGUUAUCAACAUUGCUCGAAUUUUGAUGGUGACCAUUUUGAGAGUCCCCAUGGGGAUUAUCCACGACUGUGCCGGCUGCCUGACCAUCAUGGUCAAGUACCUAAUUGUCAUGGUGGCUACGGUUCCCCAAGACAUCUUGGGUAUCGUGGCCAGCAUUGUAUCGGACACUGUGGGUAUCAUUGCAUGGUCUGCCAGGUUGAUCAAAUAUCUUGUCAGAAUUCUGUAAUUCUGUGCAGAUUGAAUGGUUAGAUCUCCAGAUAAUACCAAUUUGAGACAUUCUCUAUCAACAAUCCCAACUGCCAGGAUGCACCAUUUACAACCAGUCCCACCCGCUACCCCCACCCAUUAAAACACUUUCUCCUAAAACUCAUAACCUUACCAACAUCUCAAUAAGUGUGUUGCUACUGAGUUCUGAAACCCAAGCAAAUUCUGCCUGGGUCAAUAUUUAUCCUCUAACUAACAUCUCUAAAAUGAAUUUUUCUGGAUAAUACUUAGUUUGCUUACUUGGGCCCAUUUGCUGUGCAUUAUAUAUAUUACAACAGUGAGCACACUCAUUCAUUGGCUGAAAAGUGCUUCGGAACAUCCUAAAAACUUGAAAGAUCCUACAUCUUUCGGUAUUUGGGAUGCAAAUUCCCCUAGUAUAGGCAUUGAUAUUAUUGGGUGAUCAGUAAUAUAAGUGAAGAAGUCCUUCCUGUUUAACCAUUGUUUGUUCUUAAUCCAAUAUACUUGUGGAAAUGAGGUAUAUAAAUAAGUGACUGUUGGGUGUUGUAUUUGGACAAAGCAGGUGCUACAAUACAUGUAGGAAAUGGAGCUAAACAAAUCCCUUACAACCAUGAGGUCCUCGAAAAGCACUACAAUAUUGUGGCUUCCUUUUCAACAUGAUUUGUAAAACCUAAGCGUGUCAGUUGUCCAAUGAAUGCUUAGUUUCCGUCCUAUUUUGACGGUGUUUGAGAGGUGGGGGCUUUGAAGCUAAGUGGGUCUGCUGGGUCAGACAUAUCUGGUUCUCAAUUGUUGUAGCUGGAUUCAACCAUUAGUAGCAGGCUUGACAGUCUGAUAGAUAAGCCAGGUAAAUCAAACAGUAUUCCAGAAUACUGUCACCAUGGUCCCGUUAAUAAUCCAAGACUCACAACCUAUCUUGGAUCAUUAAUAGACUUUAGACAUGUGCAGAAAAUUUUCACGCAUUUCUGAGCAUUUUAACAGGUAAAACAAUCCCAGUUGGGGAAUCUGUUUAAUAUCCUGCUAUUUGCAGUGCUGGUGCAGUGGCUGCAACUGUUUAAACCCAACCUGUAUGUGAGUGGGACACCCAGAAGUUUGAGUCUCCCAACUUGCAGCUGAGCUCUCCCCGAACUCACAAUCUCCAACAGCUGGAAAGAGUAGGCAGUAAUUGCACAGCAACACCAUCACAUCCAAGAACCCCCUGCAAGUCCCUCUUGGGUAUGCAUUGUUCAGUUCCUUUAUCCUCGCUGAAUUAAAAUCCUGGAACUCCCUCCCUGACAGCACUGUGGAGCAGCUUGACCAUACAGUCUGUAGCAUUUUAAGCUAAUGGCUCACGUGCACCUUCUCAAGGGCAGCAUUGGGCAAUAAAUACUGGCCUUCCCAACAGCAUUCAGCAUCCAAAAAGAAAUGUUAAGACAUUUGGAGAUAGCCUGUGCACUUCAUUAUCAAAUGAACAAAAUUGCUGCGGGGCAAGGCUUCAGUAGCUAUGGUCAGAAACAGAGUCAUGGAUUUUAAUGCAUGUUAAUGCACUUGAUUGACUAAGUGUGACACUUACACACAUGAAGCAUUCUAACUCAUAUAAUUACGUAUCGAGUCAAGCUUUGUAAUUCCAAACUAUUAGCAAUCAUAAACACAAAGCAGUGACUGUUUGGAGCAGGCUGCCUAGGUGAAAGCUAAUAUUGCAAAUUCAAGUGGCUGCAUGUUGACAGAAAAUGAGAUUGAAAUGUGUGAGAGUAGUGUUUUAAGGUUUAUUGGAGUUGGGAACUGGUCAGAUGGAUGACAAUGAACUCUCCUGAUCCUCGACCUUUAAAACGAUUCUUUGUCCUACAUGAUCACUCCUUAUACAUAUAUUUGUACAGGAAAUGGGUUUUUCGGUGACUGUGCUGGGGUCGUGUUGGCAAAUUCUUCUCCACUUUAUUUUUGUACGUGGUACUGUCAAAAACUUCCACGUUAGGAGUAGUAGAUAUUUAGAAAACAUGCUUGGUUUUACAGCUAUCUUUUAUCAUUGUAAUUACUUGCAGGGACUGAACUCAUGCCAGAAUUUUUAUGUGUGCACCAAUCACCAAUGCUGGGUGUUCACUGGAUGUUAUGCAUUUGGAUUAUCAGAAGGCAUUCAGUCGGAAGCCAUGUGGCAACUUGUUACAACUGUGCAUAGGCUACGGCAAGACUAUACCUGGGAUAUUUUAUGCAGUUUUGCCCUCCAUAGGUCCAGCAGAAUGGUCUAGGCGAUGUGGGGGUUGGCCAACGAUAAGAGGCUAAGUAAAUUGGGUUGAUAUUCCCUGGAGUUUAGAAGAAUGAGAGGUGAUCAUAUUGAAACAAGAUUCUGAAGGGGCAUGACAGGAUAUACAGUGAGAGAUUGUUUCUGCAGGUCGAGGGAUUGAUAAAACGGGGGCACAGUCUCCGGGUAAGGGGCUCAUUUUUUAGGACCAUGGAGGUGAGUAACUUGGUCACUCAGAUGAUUGUGGCGCCUGCAUCUUUUGAUUUCCCAUGGAAUCAGGGAAUGUUGAGAGCAGACGGGAAAGCGGAGUCCAAGCCAUUAUGAUAUUGAAUGGCGGAGCAGGCUUGACGCUGAAUGGUCUACUUCUGCCCCGACUUCCUAUGAUUUUACAAAUCGUUGAGCAGAUGAUUGAUAAGACACAGCAACACUUACGCACUGAACUCACAUAACUCAAUCGGAGCAACUUCUCCGUUUGUGAUAAGGAGCGCAUUACACCAGCUCACAAUUAGUACUUGCCUUAAAAAUGUAACUUUAAAUUAUCCUGCUGCAUUUUGCAGUCUUUCCUGAAUCGAACUGCCUUCGGUUUAAGCAAAACUGACUGUGCCGUAGUUCAGUGGGAAGCUUCCGAUUUUAUAUCCCAGCACAGGUCUUGAGCCCAAAAUUCCAGGCUGACAUUCCAGUGGCAGUACUGAGGGGCAGCUGCACUAGUGGAGGUGAUGACUUUCAGACAGGGUUUUAAACAAGACACCCUAUACCUCAUUGGAUAGAUUUAAAAGGUUUCAUUCCUUGCGUUAACAAGGUGUAG